AUGUCAACCACAAAUCCCCACUUCGCACACCUCCUCGCCAUCCUCCACCCAAGAAAGCCCCGGCAACGGACAACUUUCGCCGCCCUCAUCGUCCUCGUAUGCCUCACGACGUACAUCUUCAUCGCACACAGCGCAUUUCUGUCAGAGUCGCUCUCAAUACGACGCUCAGACCCGGGAGGGACCGCCGACCAGCUAGCGCUCGCGCUCGAGACAAUACAGAACUCACACCUAUCGAGCCACAAACACGGGCAGCGGAAGAGCCAUCACCAUAGGCCGUCGCUGACGCUAGAGCUGCAUGAGGAGCUGGGUGCCGUGUCGAGUUUCAUCGCCAGUCUGCCGCAGAACGUCAUCCCCCACCACGUCGACCCAUCAAAACCCAUCGACCCCCAGCUUGUGCUCGAUUUCGACACUCGAGCACCGCGCGCGAAGGAGGAGAUGCAGGCGAUGGUUGAGGACGUUUGGCUACGGAACCCAGUAUUCCUCUAUUCCAAGCUCUACUCACCUCCAUCGCGCGAGAUAAAGGCCAUACUGGCCAAGCUGAACCUCAGGCCUGAUCCAACGAUCAUCGACGUCGAUGUGCGCGAGGACGCUGAGAUUUUAAUGCCGAUGCUCAAGCGUCUCACAAGGGCCCCCGAGCUCCCGGUGCUGCUCGUUGGCGGCAAGCCCGUCCUUGCUACAGCAGAAGAGCUCGGAGAGAUGUCGAAGGCGGGCGAGCUGCAGAAGCUGAUCACCGCUGCGGGAGGGGUCGUCAACGGCGCGAAGCGCAAGAAACACAGAAAUCACUGA